AUGCACCGGAUUCACUCGUGGGCGAAAGCUCACGCAUCCUCUCGUGGCCUGACAGAUCAGUCCUCCCAACAGGCCGACGUACCUGCCGAAAAACCUCCCCCUGAAAAUGGACAAGUGAAUAUCCCUGUGGAAGACCCUACUCCAGGGUCUGACAUAGAACCCAACUCAAAGCCGGGUCUUCUGAUUCGCAUGCGAAAUGGAUCCGGCCGGUUUUACAACCACACCAAGGAUGCCCUGUGCCACAGCUGGGUGAAUGUGCUGCUGGUCUUUGUGCCGGUCGGCAUCGCCGUCGAGGCCGUCGGUCUCAACCCAGCCAUCAUCUUCGCGAUGAACGCAGUGGCCAUCAUCCCCCUGGCAGGACUUCUCAGUCAUGCCACGGAGAGUGUCGCCAGCCGUCUUGGUGAUACAAUUGGAGCUCUGAUCAACGUGACUUUCGGAAACGCAGUAGAGUUGAUCAUCUUCAUCAUCGCCCUGGUCAAGAAUGAGAUUCGUAUCGUCCAAGCCUCUCUGCUUGGUUCUAUUUUGGCGAAUCUGCUGUUGAUCAUGGGUAUGGCAUUCUUGUCUGGUGGUCUCCGCUUCCAGGAACAGAUCUACAACAGCACCGUGACCCAAAUGAGUGCUUGUCUUCUCAGUUUAAGUGUGAUGAGUCUUCUUCUGCCGACUGCUUUCCACGCGUCGUGGUCAGAUAAUGGCGACGCCGACCAUGAGACCCUCAAGGUCAGCCGUGGCACUAGUGUUGUUCUGCUAUUGGUGUACAUUCUGUACAUCGUCUUCCAGCUGAAGUCCCAUUCAUAUCUCUACGCCAGCAUUCCCCAGGCUAUCAUUGACGAAGAAUCCCAUCCCGGUGUUCUCGCAGAGUUCAUGAACAGCUCUUCAGAAUCCUCGUCAAGCUCUAGUGAUGAAUCCGAUGAUACUACGACGUCAUGGACUACCGCCAAGCGUAUUAAGAGAGCUAUGAAGUACCGCAGACACCGCAAGUCGAGCACCAGCUCCAAGGGCACAACCUCUCGCCAGUCCUUCCAGAAGAAAGCAAUGGCCUCCACUUCUAACGAAAACCAAAGCUCCAUUGGCAAUUCGAUCACUAGCAACGAGCAUGCCAUUGAAUUUGGUGACGAAGUUCACUAUGACGCUGAUAAUGACGUGCAGGAGUCUGCCAUUCGCUCCCGUGACUUUGGUAUCGCUCUUGACCGUAUGGAUAGUGGAGCAAGCCAAAAAUCGAAACGUGACCGCAAGAAGCGCAAGGCACUAAAGGCAGAGAGGAAGGCUGAAAGGAAGGCUGAGCGGAAAGCGCAGAAAGAGGCCACCCAAAGUGCUCCCUCCAAGGAGCCCCAGCAGACCAUGAAAGGCUUCUCGUCUGCUCCUACAUUUGCCGGCGUGGAAGGCGCUGGAGAGGAUCCCCAGAAACGCCGUUCUCCCUUCGGCCCGAUUCCCUCUCUGCUCUCAAAUACUGUUUUCAGCUCUCAGUCGCCGGCUAUGUCCCCUCGAGUCGGCGCUACUCGCCCUGGUCUUUCCCGCAGUAACUCGCUUCCUGCUCACAUCAACCGUCCGCCCCCGGCCGGCAAUGCGGUUCAAUUCGCACGCGGUGCCUCUCGUCUCACUGAAUCGGCUGAGCCCCCUGCCCCAGACGCUCCAGCCAAACCCCAGGAACCCGAAAUGUCUCGGACUGCUGCUGUCGUUAUGCUUCUGUUGUCUACUGGCUUGGUUGCUGUUUGUGCCGAGUUCUUGGUUGACGCCAUUCCCGAGAUGAUCACAAGCUCCAACGUCAGUGAGGCCUUUAUCGGUCUCAUUAUCCUACCAAUCGUCGGUAACGCAGCAGAGCACGUUACCGCUGUCAGCGUCGCAACAAAGAACAAGAUGGACUUGUCAAUUGGUGUGUCGGUUGGUAGCAGUAUUCAAAUCGCUAUCUUCGUCACUCCCCUGGUUGUUAUCCUGGGAUGGUGUAUGGAUAAGGACAUGUCUCUCUACUUCACCCUUUUUGAGACCAUCUGUCUGUUUGUCACCACCUUCGUGGUCAACUUCCUUGUUCUGGACGGCCGAAGCAAUUACCUUGAAGGUGUGCUAUUGAUUGCCGCCUAUAUCAUUAUUGCUUUGUCUGCUUUCUUCUAUCCAGACAGCGAUGCCGCCAGUACAAUCGCAGGCUAA